AUGACUUCGAAAUCUGAACCUCCGUCCUACAGCCAGAUCGCCUGUGUUGGUGCAGGGCUAUCAGCCGUGGCUCUGGGAGCAACGCUGAAGAGAUGGUACGAACUGGAGGAUAUCCAGUUCUUCGAACGACAUCCCAACAGUGGUGGAACAUGGUACAUCAACACCUAUCCAGGAUGUGCCUGCGACGUCCCAAGCGCGCUGUACAGCUUCUCCUUCGCUCUGAACCCCAACUGGACCAGGCUCAUGCCCUCCAACACUGAAAUCAAAGAGUACGUCGACAAUGUAGUCGACACCUACAAUCUCCGCCGCAAGAUGACCUUCGGCACGGAAGUAGUCCGCAGUGUCUGGCGCGAGGAUGCAAGUCGCUGGCUGUUAUACCUCCGCGACCUGAGCUCAGGACGCGAAUACACCCACGAGUGCCAGAUCCUCUUCGCAGCAACAGGCCAGCUCGUCGAGCCGCGGCCGUGCGAGAUCCCUGGCGCCGCGGACUUUCAGGGAAGUAUCUUCCAUUCAGCGCGGUGGGAUCACAGCGUAGACCUGCAGGGGAAGAAUGUCGUUGUAAUCGGGAACGGCUGCACUGCGGCACAGAUUGUGCCGGCCCUGGUCAACGAUGCAAAUAUCAAGUCUCUCACGCAGAUGAUCCGGUCUAAGCACUGGAUAUUUCCUGCCCCGAACUUCACUUACCCGCGGGUUUUACAAUGGAUCUUCCGCUAUGUUCCAUUUGCCAUGAAGCUGCAUCGGCUUCAUAUCUUCUUGAUCGCUGAGAAUGAUUUUCGCUUGUUUCCGAUGACCAAGGGAGCAGCCAAACUGCGAGAGAAGAGGCGGGAGAAGGUUGAGAAAUACAUGCGCGAGGCAGGGCCAGAGAAAUAUCACGACCUCCUCAUUCCGGACUUUGAUGUAGGAUGCAAGAGGAGGAUAUUCGACCCCGGCUACCUGGACUGUCUACACAGCGACACAAUCCGUCUAACUGACGCAAAAGCCGAACAUAUCACCGCAGACGGCAUCAAAACAGACAAAGGCUUCGUUCCAGCGGACGUUAUAAUUCUCGCAACAGGCUUCCAGACAAACAAAUUCAUCCCGUACAUGGACGUAGUGGGACGCCACGGCGAGAAUGUAUCACAACACUGGGCCAAGUAUGACGGGCCAGCCGCCUACAACUGCUCUGUCCUGAGUGGCUUUCCGAAUUUCUUCAUGCUGCUGGGGCCUAAUGCUGCUACCGGGCAUACUUCGGCCAUGAUGGCUGCUGAGAAUUCAAUUAACUACGCUCUCCGUGUUCUCAAGCCCGUUUUGAAUGGUGACGCCGUGUCGGUUGAUCUGAAGCCAAAAGCUGAGCAUGACUACGUGUACUGGGUGCAGAAGGCAUUGAAUAACCGUGUCUGGAAUGCGGGCUGUGUAUCAUGGUAUCUGAAUGAUAAGAAAUGGAACUCCAUGUCCUAUCCGUGGACACAAGGCCACUACUGGUGGAGGAGUCUCUUUCCCACCUGGUCUGAUUGGAAUAUCAAAAAAGCCGCCAAACCAGUAUCGCGUCAAUCGUGGAGGUUUGUGGUUAUUGCUCUUCUUUGCAUUGGUGCUUUGGGGAUCACUCAGUACCUUCGCACUGAUGUGUGUCUCGAGCUUGUUAAAACCUAUUUCCCUAGGGUACGAUCCAGUAUAUUGAGAAGGUAGCGGCAGCAAUCAGCCGAGGUGUCAUGUUUCUUAUCAUUUUAUUGUGUCAUAUAUUUCCUGCAAUGUCGUUAUUUAUAGGGCUAGUGUAUACUAUGUAGCUUUUGUUGUUAUCAAACUAUUAUUAAACGCGUAAUCAGC